UCUUCAUCACCUCCUUCAUCUUCGCCACCAUCUCCUCCUUCUCACCUCCUCCUUCUUCUCCUCCUCCAGAUACGGAAGAUCGGCGGCGGGGGGUUCGGGGAGAUCUACGAGGGUCAGGACCUGGUGACCCGAGAACAGGUCGCCCUCAAGCUCGAGUCCGCCAGGCAACCCAAGCAGGUCCUCAAGAUGGAGGUCGCCGUCCUCAAGAAGCUGCAGGGUCGCGAGCACGCCUGCCGCUUCAUCGGCUGCGGGCGCAACGAGCGGUUCAACUACGUGGUGAUGCAGCUGCAGGCCAAGAACCUGGCGGAGCUCCGUCGGGCGCAGCCGAGGGGCGCCUUCAGCCUCUCGACCACGCUGCGCCUCGGACACCAAAUCCUCAGGGCUAUCGAGGCUAUUCACGAGGUCGGCUUCCUCCACAGGGACAUCAAGCCGUCCAACUUCAGCAUGGGUCGUCUCCCUCACAACUGCAGGAAGGUAUACAUGCUGGACUUUGGAUUGGCGCGUCAGUACACCAAUGCCAACGGGGAGGUGCGGACGCCACGUGCUGCGGCCGGGUUUAGAGGGACAGUACGUUAUGCCUCAAUGAACGCACACAAGAACAAGGAGAUGGGCCGGCACGAUGACCUGUGGUCUCUCUUUUACAUGAUUGUAGAAUUUGUGAAUGGACAGCUUCCUUGGAGAAAAAUAAAGGACAAGGAACAGGUGGGCCUCAUGAAGGAAAAGUACGACCACCGGCUACUCAUCAAGCACCUCCGUCCGUCCGACUUCAAACAGUUCCUGGAACACAUACAAAACCUUGAUUAUUACGACAAGCCUGACUAUGCUAUGCUGUCUGGUUUAUUUGAGAGAUGUAUGAAACGUCGAGGGGUAAAGGAGGCUGACCCGUUUGACUGGGAGAAGACUCCUACCGACAACUCCCUUGGCACAACCACUACUACUACGCAUGCUGUUAUUACGAAGCCUCAACAUGUGGACAGCCGUUUGGUGUAUGGCGGUGGGGGCGUCACAGACAACAUGCUUGAUGACAAUGUCUUGGGCUCAGUGGACAACCAGGAGAAUGUGGAGGCGCCCCAUGACCAUGACACGACCAAGGAGACGAAAGGCGAGACACCGUCCUACACCAACCCCAGCCGAACAUCAACCAGAGUAAAAGGAGAAACAUGUAGUUAUACACCACCUUUAAGUACAAGGAGCCAGGAGUAUGGCCUUGCGCAGAUGUUAUCAGAAAGUGAGUCUCAAGAGGUCGAUGUACUUUGGCCAGAAAUUCACUGCAAACUAGUAAGACUUGCUAGCAUCAAAUACUUCAUCAAGCACGUCUAUGCCCCCCCCCAACUACAACAGGUGGAGACUAAGGACCGCGUGCUGAACGAUAACAACGUCAAUGCGAACAUCAUCGUCAACAAUGAGAAGGACACGAACGAGGUGGAGAUGUCACCCAAGAAGAGAAAGUGUCCUAACAGGUAUUGUAGGCACAGUACAUGCACAGACUGUGAUGCAUUGGGAGUAAACUGCAAUCAUGCACAGGUUGUGAUGAGGCCUGAUACAUUGCAUCGCCUUGCAUUGCCAAUGAAAUACUAUAACUUGCAACUCACACAGAAGCAACAGUGCACUGUGGAAGAAUUCACCUGUGAGAAAGAAGGAGAAGGAGGUGGGGAGAAGGAGAAGGAGGGUCGCCUCGAGUGUUCUACCGAUUGGGAUGGAGAUGCGGUCAUGGCCUCCAGACAAGGCCACACCACGCCAAGAGGAGCUGGAAACGAGGAUAAUAAGAACAGAAAACCACUGGCAGUACUAAGGUUAUCGUCAGUAGAUACAGCUGUGGAUGAUGUAGAUAUGAAUGUAGAACCUGCUAGCAAGAGGGAAGAUCAGUACUCUGUACAGGAUGGAAGUUAUGUGAGCUUCCAGGAUGGAGGACGGCUGGUGAGGAUGGAGCCCAGUGCAGGGGGGGUGUCUCCGGGCGGCUCCACACCCCCCACAGAGGGAGACUUCCACCCACAUGCUCGCGACCACACCCCACACCGAAGGACCCACCACAAAAGGUUCCACCCAGUUCAGCGAGCGAAGUACCUGGGUCAUCGCGACGUGUCCAUCACCCAGUUUGCUCUGGCUGAUGACGACAAUGUCUCCCAGCCGGCCACCAAGGGAGGAGGAGGAGGUCUUACUUUGGCCUCACAGUGGAAAUCACAGUUUGACGAUUCGGAGGAGACCGACAAUGAGUUGAAGGCGGACAACCUACAGAGCCCCGAGCACAAGCAACGCCUCACCCUGGUGUCCCCCUCGUCCCACGGCCCCGACGACACUGCCAUGACCCCCGUGCAGGACGCGGUGCCGGCGGAAAAGUCCCGGCGCGGCACUGAACUCUCCAGAAUCAGCGAAGAUGACCGCCAUCGCUCCUCUGAUCACCACACCCACACCCAGGUCUGACCCUUCGCUAAAACACAUGCCUGUCUGAUCUCUUAACCACCGUUUAUAUAUCACCGGUUGUAUUUCUUUUUUUCUUUUCUUUAGUCCCAGUGUAACCCAUGUUUGUCACAGAUUUUUCUUUUCUUUUUUUUGAUAUGUUUUUUUUUUUUGUGUCUAGAAAUGUGAUGUCAUUGCGUACACUGGCUUCUACCACGUUUUUUAAGUUGGCAGGUACUUUGCAGAAUUUGUAUAUACACCGUCCACUGUCACAGAAUUGACUGGAUCUUUCUUUUGCCAAUAUUAAUGUAUUAGAAUACAAUCCUCCACCAAACUCAUGUCUACUGUAGUUGUGCAUAUUUUAUCCUUAUGUGACUGGGCGUAAAAAAAAAAUCUUUUGAAUUUUUAUGGCAUUAUUGUCAGCAUUAUCAAGUAUUUUUG